CCGUAUUGGGAACGCGCUUGUACAAUUUCCGGCGACUGGGUUCUGUUGUUGGAUGUACCGUUCUGUUCUGAAUCAGGAUGGUACUCGUCAAGGAAUACCAAGUGCUGUUGCCAUGUUCUGUUGAAGAGUACCAGGUCGGGCAGCUGUACUCGGUGGCGGAGGCCAGCAAGAACAACACGGGGGGCGGCGAGGGCAUCGAGAUCCUCCGCAACGAGCCCUAUGAGAAGGACGGAGAGAAGGGCCAGUACACUCACAAGAUUUACCACAUACACAGUAAGGUGCCCGGCUUCAUCCAGAUGUUUGCUCCUGAGGGAGCGCUCGUGUUCCAUGAAAAAGCCUGGAAUGCCUACCCAUACUGUCGCACCAUUGUUACGAAUGAAUAUAUGAAGGAUGAUUUCUUCAUUAAGAUUGAGACUUGGCAUAAACCAGACAUGGGAACCAGCCACAACCCUCAUGGUCUUCCCCCAGAAGAAUGGGAGGAGGCUGAAGUGGUUCCCAUCGACAUAGCAGAUCGCUCCCAGGUGGACGAUGUGGAUUAUAAGCCAGAUGAGGACCCUGCUAUAUUCCACUCAGAGAAAACAGGCAGAGGGCCACUAGGACCCGGUUGGAAGAAAGAGCUCCAUAACAGCAGCUGCCCCUACAUGACGGCAUAUAAGCUGGUGACGGUGCACUUCCGCUGGUGGGGCUUGCAGGGCCGAGUAGAGAGCUUCAUUCACAAGCAGGAGAAGCGUCUCUUCACUAACUUCCACCGGCAGCUCUUCUGUUGGCUGGACCGCUGGGUGGACCUCUCCAUGGACGACAUCCGACGCAUGGAGGAGGAGACACAGAGAGAGCUGGACCAGAUGCGAAACGAGGGGGAUGUGCGAGGCAUGAAGGCAGGCGAGGACUAGAGGAGGCGGAGUCUGCCUUCACCCCUCUUUUUCGCCCAAUCACAGUUUGCCACAUCAUCACUAAGCCCCUUCCAAACAGGAAGGAGGUCAUCCCUGCCCCAGGAAGCGUUUUGUGUGUGUGUGUGCGUGUGAGUGUGUGCGUAUGUGAGUGUGUGCGUGUGUGUGUUUGCGGGUUUUCUGUGUUAAGGACUCUUCUGCAGCCAAACCUCUUUGGACGUCGUGUCCUCACGCUAAGCAUCAUGUCUGUUACGCUCUCUCUGUGUUCCAUUAAAUGAAGUAUUAGAACUGUUCCGUCUGUCGCAUGGUUACCAUGGAACCAUCAGCACAUGAAGAGGAGAUGGUCAGAGGAACAUUUCACUAAACUCAACCAUGAUAAACUACUAAAGCCCCUACCCCUACCGUUCUGUGUGUGUGUGUGGGUGGGUGCAGUGUAGCAUGGAUGACAGUCAUAGCGUUUUUAAAUCUUGAGUGUACUACAGUGAAGCCCCGCCCACUUCUGGCUGCUUAGCAACAGGACAUGCCUUUGCUAGGUGGGCGUGGUCUGACGAGUGUUUUACACACUGUAAUAAAACACACAUAUUCUGUGUGUGUGUGUGUGUAUGUGUCUGAUUUACACACUUGUAAGAAUGAAUAAAACACUCUCAUGACAGCCUC